GACUUAUAUUUUGGGUUUUGGAAUGUAAAAUGCUACUUCGUAAAUGGGGAGUGAUUAAUGCUAUGUUGAUGACAUUGCCUCCUGUUAACUACAGAGAUAAACGUCCUAAAGGAAGCAUAUUGCCAGGUAAGGAGACAGUAAUUGGGGAUAUGGAUGAGAGUUUUGUGGAUGUGAAUAUCAGGCAAGAUGAGGAAGAAGGUGCAAAUUGCCGGAAAAAUAGCCUGAGGGAAGCAGAUUUCUAUGGAAAAAAGGUUGGGAUGAAGAUAGUGCAAUGGAUGGAUUUCUUGGGGAAAGAACUGGUUGAGAUCAGGGAAUUUGCAACCAGUUGAUUGUUCUACCUCUGACAGGUGCCAAUAUGAGCUCUGAUUGGUACCUAAGGCUUCUCUACUCAUAUGGUAGGCAGCAUGGAGAGGUGAAUUUUGAGUGAUUCUAAACCAACUAGGGGCUCCAAAGCUGAAGAAGGAAAGUGGUUUUCCCUUCUUUUUUUUUUUUUCUUUUCUUUGUUCAGGGGGGUUAAUGAUCAGUUGCUUGAAGAUGAAGAAACCGCCCAAUGCCCCUUUUGUUUUGGAAAGGAUGUAUAAUUUUGUGCAGAACAAGAGCAAAGGCAAGUAAAAACUUGUCGAGUGUGCUGAAAUCAUUGAGGAAAGUUUUUUGUUUUGUCGUUUCCUUUAUGCUCUUGCACCUUUGCAACAGUCCUCAAACUAUAUCAUUGGCAUGAAAUGGAAUCGGAAUUAAAGAGUUAUGAAAUUU